AUGGCCAUCCUCGCUAUUAUCUCCCUCGUCUUCGCCGGAUCUUGCGUGGCUAUCGUCAAUGCCUCGCCGUUAGCAACCGUGGAAGCAGCAAAGACUCUCGCAGUUCCGCUGGAAGACGGCUCCUACGGCAGUUUGAAGGAGACCUUUCAGGCAGUCAAGCUUCUGAGCGUCGUCUCGAAGUCGUCGCUCGAUUCGGCCAAGCUCUGCGCGUGGCUGAAGAAGCUUCCAGCCGCCACGUCAGCAGAGGAGGCCUUUCAGAAGGUUUCGAUCGCUGCUGCGCUCGGCUGCAAGGGCGUUAGCGCCGUUGUCAAGGAAGCGGAGCCUCUCUUGUCUCCAGCAGCAUCCUCGUCGUCCCUUGACCAGCUGUUUUACGCAGCAGCCGGCACCCAGAUCCUCAAGGCCAACAAGUGGAGCACUGGGUCCGUGCCUGCAGGCCUCAAGAAGGCUGCUGCUGCUAUCCUCGCACUGAAGCAGGCGGAUGGCUCGUGGGCAACGGGGAAGGACGGCCAGGGGUCCGUGGCUGCUGCGGGCGUGGCUCUCGAGGCGCUGGCUGCACUCAAGGAGCUGGGGCUGGUGGAUGAGAAGCAGGUGUCGGCGGUUACAGAUGCUGUCAGCUCGCUCUUCUCUCUCCUCACAGCUGACUCCGACCCGAGUGGCAACGCUGUUUCAUUCUUCUCAGCCUCUCCCUCGGAGGGCGGGACUCUCGUCGCCACGGCCUCCGCCAUCACGGGCUACCUCGCGCUCGCCUCCACCCUCGGCUCCCCUCUCGCCGUGCGCCCUCCCAAGCUGGCGGAGGCGGGGCGCUAUCUGGUGGCGGCGCUGCCCCUUUCACUGGCGGAGGCGGCUGCCUGGGCGGAAGCGCUCGCAGUGCUUGAUAACAACCCCAUCUUUGUGCCCAUCUUCCUCUCGUCUCCCGGCCACAUCUCCAUUUCUGCAGACCCCACGCUCACUGUGAGUGUGACAACAGCGCUGGGAGGCAAGGUGCCAGGUGUGGCAGUGAAGCUGCAGAGUGCCACCAUUGGGGGCGGCAGUGCUGCAUCGGGCAAGGAGCUCACAGCAGGCAAGGACGGCGUCUCCUUCUCCGCCAAGCCAUUCUCCAAGGCCUCUACUCUGGGAGUCUACACGCUCAAGUUCAAGAUCACCCCUCCUGCGGAAUCAGUCUUCAUCGCCGGCAGUGCAUCAGUGGAGCGCCCGCUGCUGCUCUCUGCCUCGAUGGCUGUCACUGGCGUGUCCGUUGCCGUGCUGGACAGCGAUGGCGCCACUCCUGAGUCCGAGAAGAAGCUGGACUUUGAGAAGAGGACAAACUUCACCGACCUGUCUGCCACCCACCUGCAGAAGCUGCGUGUGUCGCUCUCCCUCGCCACACCCUCGGGGAAGGCCUUCAUUCCCCACCAGGCCGUGCUGCAGCUGGUGAACAGCAUCGGCAUGGCCUACUCCUUCCUGCUCAAGCCGUCCGGCAGCACCCUCUCAGUUCAGCUCGAGCUGCUGGAGAUGAUGGACCGCCUCUUCUACCACUCGGGCGAGUACACGCUGAAACUGAUCGUGGGCGAUGCAGUCAUGGACAACGCAUUCGACUGGCAGCUGGGCUCUGUGGACCUUGACCUGCCUGCUGCCCCAGAGACUGCCCCCAAGCUGCCCGCCCGCCCCGAGUCUCUGGCUGAGAGAUUCUCUGCCAAGCCCGAGAUCGCACAUAUCUUCCGCAAGCCGGAUUCCCGGCCGGCGUUUGUCGUCUCAUACUCGUUUGUGGCGCUCGUGCUGCUGCCGCUGGUGGUGCUGCUCGUGGGGCUGGCGGUGCUAGGAGUGAACCUCAAGGCCUUCCCCUCUGGGGGUGUGCCUCUCCUCUCAGCUCUGGCCUUCCACGGGGGAAUCGCUGCGCUCCUGCUGCUCUACGUUGCUUUCUGGGUGCAGGUGAAUCUGUUCACCACGCUCAAGCUCAUCCUUCUCCUCGCUGUCCUCACAGCCAUUCCCGGCCACCAAGUUCUCUCCUACCUUGCUGACGCUUCCUCUACGCGCUGUCCUCCCCCCGCCCUCCCCUUUGCGCCCGUUCCCGCCAUCACUGCGCAUGCCCAGCGUUGGCUUGUCAUCGCCCCCCCACUCUUCUCCUCCCCCUCUCCCUCCCUCCUCUCCUCUCCUCCCCCCCUCACUCCCUCCUUCACUCACUCCCUCACUCCCUCCUUCACUCACUCCCUCACUCCCUCCUGUUUUCUCAACCUUUCACUCUAUUUGCGCCAUUUGGAUAUCCCCAUACCAACGUAUCCGAUCCCACAGGUAUACCAGGAGGGGACGCAUUUCAUCAUCCCCGGUAUUGAGUGGCCCAUUAUCUACGACGUGCGCGCGCGACCCCAUCUCGUGGAGAGCACGUCCGGCAGCCGCGAUUUGCAGAUGGUGGGCCUCCUUUGUCCUGUGUACUGGGUCCGAAUCACCCUGCGUGUGCGCACUCGCCCCAUGUCCGACCGCCUACCCACCAUUUACCGCACCUUGGGGCAGGGCUAUGCCGAGCCGGUGCUUCAUGUUCCCACUACCCUUCCCCACUCCCCUUUCCCACUCCCCUUUCCCACUCCCCUUACCCACUCCCCUUUCCCACUCCCCUUUCCCACUCCCCUUUCCCACUCCCCUUUCCCACUCCCCUUUCCCACUCCCCUUUCCCACUCCCCUUUCCCACUCCCCUUUCCCACUCCCCUUUCCCACUCCCCUUUCCCACUCCCCUUCCCCACUCCCCUUUCCCACUCCCCUUUCCCACUCCCCUUUCCCACUCCCCUUUCCCACUCCCCUUUCCCACUCCCCUUCCCCACUCCCCUUUCCCACUCCCCUUUCCCACUCCCCUUUCCCACUCCCCUUUCCCACUCCCCUUUCCCACUUCGGACCUCUGUCCUCUCUCCACCCUUCCCUCUCUCCACCCUUUCCUCUCAGGUUCGAAUCACCCUGCGAGUGCUCACUCGCCCCAUGUCCGACGGCCUACCCACCAUCUACCGCACGCUGGGGCAGGACUAUGUCGAGCCGGUUCGAAUCACCCUGCGAGUGCUCACUCGCCCCAUGUCCGACCGCCUACCCACCAUCUACCGCACGCUGGGGCAGGACUAUGCUGAGAGGGUGCUGCCGUCGAUUGUCCAAGAGACUCUGAAAUCCGUGGUGGCUCAGUAUAACGCCAGCCAGCUCAUCACGCAGCGAGAGUCUGUGAGUCGGGAGAUCCGCCGUAUCCUGGAGGACAGAGCAGCGUCCUUCAACAUUGCGCUUGAUGACGUGUCGAUCACCAACCUCACGUUCGGCCGCGAGUUCACAGCAGCCAUCGAGGCCAAGCAGGUGGCGGCACAGGAGGCAGAGCGUGCCAAGUUCGUGGUGCAGAAGGCCGAGCAGGACAAGCGGGGAGCUAUUAUCCGAGCGCAGGGAGAGGCCACGAGUGCGCAGCUGAUAGGAGAGGCCAUUGCCAACAACCCCUCCUUCAUCACUCUGAGGAAGAUUGAGGCGGCCAGGGAGAUUGCCAACACUCUGGCCAAUAGCAGCAACCGCGUCUUCCUCUCCUCUGAUUCGCUGCUGCUGAACCUGGCUGACGAUAAGAGUGAUGCGCCGCCCGCUCCUGCUGCCACAACUGGCAAAAAGAAGUGA